AUGCCAGGAGGUCUGACGCGCAAGGAACGCCGGCGCUGGGAGACAAGCCGGCGGCUGGAGCGUCAAAUGUCACGACUGAACUCGAAGGCUACGGCUGCGAAGGAGAUGGUCGAGGAGGCAGCUGCUCAGCAGCGCGGCACGCCAAGUGAUGAUGUCCAUGGUGAUGUGGUCGCUGUGUCGGAGCCGAAACUGCGGCACGACCCCAAGUUCAAGCACGGCACGUUUUGGCGUGAUCGGAAGGAGAAGAGGGCGCGCACGCUCUUUCUCGGCGGUAUUCCCUCCGCGUUCUCCGUGAAGCAGGUGAAGGACUUCAUUAGCACCGUGAUAGACCUUGAUCCUGACGCCACUGAAUAUGCGGAUCAGGUUGGUCAGAACACAGAGGUAGUGGAGGAGGUCGAUAUGCUACCCGUAAAGCACCAGAGCAAGGUCAAGCACAUGUACGUGACCAUGGCAUCCGUCCCACUUGCCGGCUGCGCCGCAGCGGUGCUGAACGGAUACAAGGUGGAGGGAAGGGAGCUACGGUGUAACUUUGCAGCGGAUAAGACGCAGCGUGAAGAGGCAAUUCGGCGACGAAAUGCCGUGCAGCGGUGA